AUGGAGUCUGAAACACAGAGCGACAUUGAUCGUUUCUAUGAGAUUGCGAGAAUAAUGGAUCUGCACCUGGAUAAGAAAACUAUUCAGACCCUGUAUAAUCUCAUUGACUGUGGAGUGAAUCCAGAUGCACUUGCGGCCAUGAUUAAGGAGAUGACGCAGUUGAGUUAAUUUGUUGCUCCUAUGUCCUGCCACGGUUGUACUAUACCUGCUUCUGUAUCUUGAUGCCACUCUCA